GUUAUUACUAAGUAGUUUUUUAGUUUGUUUUAUUUUUUUUCCCGAUUAGACUGUUUCUAUAAAAGGCAUCAAAAUUUCACCCACUACGCUGUAUUCAUCUGUUGCAAAUAUUAAUACGAUUGAUCGUCGCCUCGUUGGAGGUGGCUCCAUGAUGACCAUGGACAUAUCAAAAUCGGAAGCGGCCGGUAAACCUGGAGGUGGUUUAGGUCCACAAGUCACCACAAAUAAUCAAAACGGUGGUGGCGGUGGUGGAGGUCCUGGAUCCAUUGUAAGUGUUGGUAACAACAACAACACAUCAAUAGUAACGUCACAACAAACACCUGGUGGAAUUGUUGGUCACCAUCAUCAUAAUAGUGGGAAUAGUGCUGGUAACGCACCAGGUAAUUGUGUGAGCGGUGGUCAACAAGAGUGCGCUGGAUGUGGUAAACCAAUAACGGAACGUUUUUUAUUACGAGCAUUGGAUUUAUUUUGGCAUGAAGAUUGUUUAAAAUGUGGAUGUUGUGAUUGUCGUUUAGGUGAAGUUGGGUCUACGUUAUAUACGAAAGCAAAUCUUAUAUUAUGUAAACGAGAUUAUUUAAGAUUAUUUGGUAACACAGGAUAUUGUGCGGCCUGUAAUAAAGUAAUUCCUGCCUUUGAAAUGGUUAUGCGUGCUAGAAGCAAUGUAUAUCAUUUAGAAUGUUUUGCGUGUCAACAGUGUAAUCACAGAUUCUGUGUUGGUGAUCGCUUUUAUUUAUGUGAAAAUAAAAUAUUAUGUGAAUAUGAUUAUGAAGAACGUUUGGUAUUCGCAAAUAUGGCAUAUAAUCCAUCAAGUUUGGCGCAUAUUAAAAGGCAAGCUAGUCAAACACAUAUACCACCACCCAUUGGAUCAGUCCCACAACACUUGAUGAACGGGCAUAAUCGAAAUGGCCCUGGUGGCGGUGGAGGUGGUGGUAUACCUACAAAUAAUGGUGAUAUGAACAAUAAUAUGUCAUCCACACAAACAUCAUCACAAUCCUUACAACAAAAUCUGGGUGGACAAUUUGGUUCUGCUGGUCAUAUGAAACCUGCAUUGGGUGCAACUAGCUGAGAUGCUAUGAUGCAUUCAUCAUCAAAUAUGAUGAUGUCAUCACCUGCAGUAACACAACAAUUAUCGUGUCAUACAAAUAGUCAUCGAUAAAAGAUCUAAAUAAUUAAAAAAAAUUACUCGCGUUUAAAACAUCGAUUUAAAAAAAAAAACAAGUCUUUAAAACAAAAAAAAAACGAAGGCAGUGCAAUAAAAUUUUGUUAUAAAUUAAAAAGAUGUGCGCCGGUCAUGAAUCUGGAGUGUACAUAUAAAUCACAAAGCAAAAAUAGUACUGUGGACUUAAAGAUUCAUAGAAAAGAAUUGCAUAUCCCUAAAAUUUGAGCUUUUGUAGCCUAGAAAUCUCGAAAAACAAGCCUCUAAGUUCAAGAUUCAUUAAAACCAGAUCUUAUAAGAAGAUUUUAUUUUUUAAUUUAUUUAAAUGAAAAAUAGAAACUUAUUUCGUAUCUGUACUUACAUCUUGCGAAAACUAUUGAAGAUAUCGAGAUGAUUUUUUCGAUUAUUUAUUGACUGAUCAUGUUAUUUUAGGAAUUUUUAUUAAGUAUCGUACCUCCUCUGAUUUUGAUGAAAAAUAAUCUAGGUGAAAGUUUUCAUAUCGAAGAGGAAAAUCUUGGGGUAGCCGUGGUCAACUUUAAAAAUCAACUCAUGUUGAAAAUCGAAUACAUUUGACAGAAAUUGAAGUUCUUUCUACAAAUGUUUUGUUAAUAGAUUUUUGUGAAAUUUAGCCAGUCUCUCAUUCUCUUCAUUCGAGUUUUCCUCUCUCUUUUACCAAAUUAUCCGAUAUCAAAGGGGGCUAAGAUACUUGUGGAAGUGUCCAUAUAUUUAAUCGAUAUUUGACCAUAUAAUGAAUCUGUGGCAAACCAAUCAUUCCUCAGACAUUCUACUCCAAAAUUUGCUCGUGUCUAUAAUAAUAAUCAAUAGGCCAGAAAGUAAGUAAAAAAUAUUUUCUGACCCAAAGAGUGCCAGUCUUGCAGUUAAACUAAGCGAAGCGAUUGAACAUCAGGUUGACAUAAAUAUAACUCAUACUGAAAGACUCUUGGUUGUGUAGGUAGAAUUUACAAUAUGUAUAUCAUGAGAAAGUCAAAUAAUAUAACGAAACGUUGCUAAUUUAGUGAACUACGAAACAAAGUGGGAUUCCUGUAAAUACUUACAACAUGAGUACGACCAGAAUAACGAAAUCCAUAAUAUACAAACCACCAAUGAAGUACAAUUCAAACUACUAAAACAAGAGUGGUCAAGGGAUAUGCAUUGAACACAAAAAUGUGUAAUUUAAAAAUUAAAAUUGUAAAAAAAAUUGU